AUGUCAGCCACCCUAGGACCGUAUAUGUCGGGAAAACUGCCACAAGGUAGAGUAUACAGUAUACUACAUCCUUUAUCUAGGCCUCAUCCAUCGUUCUUCUAUGUCGAAUUGGUAUGUAAUAUGUGGUUUUCUGGUGAAUUCCUAUGUCGGAUGUUGUUUUGUCCUAAAGUUGGACCAUUUCUGAAGACGCCUGUCAACAUUAUUGACUUCAUCGCCACACUGUCAUUUUAUAUCGACUGGGCGCUCGAUAGUGCAUUAUCCGGAGCAAACAGGUAUGUACGAAUGGGCCGCGCUAUCGCUACGGGCUUUACCCUCGCUCAAGCGAAGUCUAUAUGCAGGGUGUCCCAAAAAAUGUACCCACUGUUCGAUUGUAAAUAACU